UGCAUGAUUCACAUCCAUGAAGUCAUGGCAGUCCACGUCAAAAGUGUUUAGUAGUUUAUGAGCUUCUCCGAGCAAAAACAGCGGAAAUAACAUGACGAUGGACUCAAUUUUGCUAGCCGCGAUAGACAGGACGCCACUCAUCACACUUGGCUCUCAAUGAUCCUGCUGGCAUUCUGGGUCAUGCCUCGUCUGCAGCGCAGGCGGAUGCUGUCAAGAUUCCCGAUCCACGGCGGCGAACACGGAAGUCACCUGUCCCGAGAUAAGGUGUACUGGACCAACUCCGAGAUCAUAUACCUGCAGGCGUACCAAAAGUUCUACAACGUCGUGCACCGCAUGACUACGGCCGACGGCGAAAAAAAAUAGGUCAUUCUGCCGCUCAGGUACCUGGGGGAGCUCCG